ACUCUGCUCACUAGAGGUGUUGUCAGCUAAGUAGGCACUUGUUUACAUUCCACUUGGAAGCAAUAGACGCCGUUAGUGGCGAUGUCAUCAUAUGGAUUCUCCAUUAUAUCGAAUUGGAUCCAUACAUUAAAAUUGGCGUAAUCUCUUUCAUUGCUACUACUUAAUGUGAAUAAAUCAAUGUAUUUAUCGCUUUUUUGUGACGUGCCACUUAUAGCGUCACUAUAGGGGAUUGACUGCAGCCUGAUCGUGAGCUUAGUCAAUCCUCGAUUAUUGUUGGAUGCCUACAUUAUAGCUGCUUGUGUAUGUUAUGUAUUCAAGUGCCAACUUAGCUGAUGACACCUAUACCUCAAGUUAGCAGUAUUACUUCUGAUAGUUUUACACAAGUUUGUCCUACCUCUUCAAGGCUUAAAGUUAUUUUACCAAUUUUAUCUACUCUCCAUUGUUAACCAUCUUUGGUAUUGAAUCGUGCAACACUCAAGAAUAUUUAUUUUCGGUUUUCCGUGUACUCUCCGUUUUUAAUCGAUUAGAGUGGAAUGAACUUUUGGAAGAUGGCUUGGAACAAGUGGUCAUGCUGUCAACGUGGCGAUGUUGCUCUCGAGCCAUCCCACAAUCGAAGUCCAAUGAGCAGUCAAACUGGGUGGAAAUCUAUGAAAAGACUGUUGAAGUAUUAGCUCCUGAAGUGAACAAGCUGCUUAAUUUCAUGUAUUUUCAGUUCCGUGCAAAAACUGGUGAUGGUGCCCAUAUUGCACAACCGUGUGAUCUUUUAUUUAUUUAGUAUGAAUUGGUACAAUUGAAACAAUGAAAAUUGUUACAGUACAUGCCAAAUAUCGGUCACCGUGCCUGAAAUUACCUGGCGCAUUUAGCAAGAAAGGGGUCUUGGCUGUGGACUUGUCAAAGGUCUUAGUCUUUUUGAUUUUCAUUCAGUUUUUCCGUCUAUUGACUUCCAUCUUAUUUUUGCCAAUAUUCAUCGGAAAAUUUCAUUUUUUCUAGGAUUUAUGGCAUAGGGUUAGAUCUCAAUUGAUUAUACAAUGAUAAAUUCUCGUUUGCCAAAUGAUAAUUACUUUUUUGAACUAUUGCCCUGAGGGAAGUUUCAUGCUUUC